AUGUCAUCGAUAGAGGCAGUGCCUCUCGAGGGCCGCCACGGACCACUAGAGCUUCUUCGCAAACUUCCCUUUACAGAAAAAUCGAGCAAUAAACCGCCUUUACUUUUUCUCCAUGGAGCCAAAUGUUCAGCGCAUGAUUAUAUGAAUUUUCUGCCUUAUUUUGCUGCUCAUGGAUACCCAGCGUAUGCCCUGUCAAUCCGCGGACAUGGCGCCUCAUGGUCACAGAGCCGGCUAAGGAAGAUUCUCUUCACGACUCUCUUCAGCUGGGCACAUGAUACCCAAUCUGCUCUAAACUUGAUCGUCGCACAUCACCAUAAUAGUCCACCUCCUGUUCUCGUCGGCCAUUCACUCGGUGGUGGUGCGCUGCAAUUCAUGUUGUCGCAUGGUCUGCUGCAUAUAGGAAGAGACAAUGCAAAUGGCCAAAUCCCAGGGCUCAUUCUUCUCGGUUCUGUACCGCUAUACGGUGGCGGACAGGAGAUUAUAGGGAAUAUCAAGCAAGUGGAAGCUCCCAGUGGGUAUCCGCACAUAUGGAGUGAUCGGGGCCUGGUCUCGACGCCGAAACAGGUCAGACAAUUAUUCUUUACGCAAGAGGCGGAAGAGGAAGCAAUCCACGAAUGGAUACACAUGUGCAGAACAGAGUUGGAGAGCGCCAUGGCGGGCCUGUUCAUCUGCUUUCCCCUCGGCGAGGCCGGCAAGGUCUUGAAUGCCCUUGCAGGCGUCGGCACGCCUACCAAGACGAGAAAAGUCUUGUGCGUUGCCGGUGUGGAGGACAAGCUGGUUCCUCCCGCCAUGGUACUGAGGAAUUCUGGUCUUUACGCAGCUGCUGCAACGCAUCUGGAGCUAGAUAAAGAGGCCUGCAUGGUGGUGACUGUCAAUGACUGUGCUCACCAUUUAAUGAUGGAUCUGGGGUGGGAACACUGUGCUCAAGUGAUGUUGAAAUGGCUUGAAGGAGAUCAAUUAUAG